CGCUGUUGCUAACAACAUUCCCGCGCGGUUGUCAAGGAAGUGUGGCUUUGAAAAAAUGACAGUUUAGAAAACGUGAAUCAGAAUACAAUUUAACUGGAAAAAUAAAUAACGGUAUCGAAUAGUAAUAAUUACAAUUAUUUAUAUAAUUUAGCUCAAUACAAAUGGCAAAAUAAAUAAAUACAUAAAUAAAUUACGUUAAUCAAAUUGACAAAGAACACGUUUGCACAAUUAUUUUAUAUAAAUAUGUACAGUCCUAGUAAAAUAUAAAUUAUGGAAGAUUUUCUUGUGAAGAAUAGUGUCGCAUAGUGCUGUAUUUUGCAUUAGUAUUUGUCAGAUUUGUCAUCUGCCCUAUACAAAACGGUACAUCUGCACAACAUCAAAGAUGUUGCCUCACAAAUACAACAAAGGGAGGCUGGUUGCUCACACGGUGAAUGGCUAUGGUUUGCAGCUGGCGAUCCAGAGGCGCACUUCACAGAAACAGUUGGACUUCCGUCUGGAUAAAGACCUGCCUAGCCACAACAGAGAGCCCACCCAGGAUAACUUGAGAAGCUGCCUUCCUCUGACUGAAGGGAGGCUGAUGAGCACUGGCAGACCCCCACUGAGUCCCAAGCUGGCAUACGCCAGUGAGUUCAUCGUUCAAGAGAGGGCCGCCCCCCAGGCAUCGAGAUCCCCCUGCCUGGGAUCAUCUGGAGAUGCUUCAGCUCAGAGCUUCAGGUCCAGAGCUUGGCAGGUGUCUCGCAGUGCAGGCACCAGCCCCUCCAACAGCAACGGAGCCACCAUCAACUCUGCCAAUGAGCAUUUUGUGAAAAGCCUGUUUAAGCCGGGGACCCCUGUCUUUUUACGCUCCCCUGAGGACAGCGCAGCCAACCCUGACAGGCUGGAUCUGGACAGGAGGAAUCUGCUCGUCUGCCCCCUGCUGGAGGGAGAGGAGAAUUUGCGACUGCUCAACUUCCAGCACAACCUGAUCUCUGAGAUCCAGCACCUCUCUCACCUGAGGCGGCUCAUCUUCCUCGACCUGUAUGACAACCACAUCACUGAGAUCUCCGGGCUGUCCGCACUCACCAGCCUGCGUGUCCUCAUGCUGGGCACCAACAGAAUCUCAAGGAUUUCUGGUCUGGAGAGCCUGUCCAAACUGGAUGUCCUGGAUCUUCAUGGAAACCAGAUCUCUAAAAUGGAGAACCUGUCUCACCUGUUGGAGCUGCGAGUGCUGAACCUGGCUGGAAAUAACAUUGUGUGUGUGGAGGAGCUGAAAGGACUGAACUCACUGAUUGAACUCAACCUCCGACGCAACCACAUCACAACUGUGAGAGAUGUUGAUUGUCUGCCCUCCCUCCAGCGCCUCUUUCUCAGCUGCAACAGCAUCACCAAUUUUGAAGACAUCGCCUGCCUCUCCGGUUCUCCGUCCCUCACUGAGGUCUCCCUGGAUGAGAAUCCCAUAGCUCAGGAGUCAUGGUACAAGCAGACUGCCCUGCGCUACAUGGUGCACCUACGACAGCUGGACAUGAAAAGAAUCACGGACGAAGAACGCCGCAUGGCAUCAGUCAUAGCAAGAAAGGAGGAAGAGAAGAAGAAGGAGGGACACAAGCAAGCCAUUCAAAAGGAGAAGCGGCGGCUUGCAAUUCAGAAUGCAGCCUCACAGUGGGAGACUCAGAAGCGCAGCAGCACUGGAAGGAGCUGUCUGGAGCUCCCUGCUCAGAAUGGCAGUAAGGAGCAGGUCAGUCCUGUCAAUGGGACUCCCACUGAACUCUUCACAGAAGAGCCCAGGAGGUUGAGUCCAGCCGGCAGUGCAGAGAGGUUACCUGGGGGGAGAGAGGGCAGUGAGAGACGGCCCCGAGCCCCAAGCAGACCCAACAGCCCCCGGGAUGCCAGGUCCUCGGAGGGGGCGGGCGGCCCCAGUAUGCAAUGCCUAUCCGUGUCGGACUCUCACCUGGCGGAGCUGGAUGGUGAAACACUAAGGCUGUUUGGUCUUGGGGCUCUGGAGGCACUGGAGCGAGGCUGGGGGGUGCAGACUGCGGGCGCCGUGACUGCCAUCGCCUUCCGCUACAUCGACUACGACGCCAUCGUGCCCACCCUGCCCCGCAUACGCGUCAAGUUCCCCAAUGUAAUGCACCUGAUCUUCUCUGAGACCAAUGUCCACCGGCUGCCCCAGCUGGCCGCUCUGGCUCAGGUCCGGCGGCUCGACCAGCUGACUGUCCACCCUGAGGGCAACCCGGUGGUCAGCUUGGCACUCUGGAGGUCCUUCGCAAUCUUCCGGCUCAGCCACUUCAACCUGCAGAGGAUCAAUGGGGAGGAGGUCACCAUGAAUGACGUGAUAAUGGCAGAAAGGCUGUUUGGAACUCUGGCUCACAUCGCUGCUGCUGAAACGCCACACUAUCGCCUGCUCCUGCUGCUGGGAGAAUCCAGGAAGCAUCAGCUGCAGUUCCUGCUGGAGGGACGGGGGCAACAGGCGGGCCUGAGCCCUGUGGAGCUCCGGGAGAACAGGAAGCUGCUGGGUGAGGGGCUGGGCCGAGCCAUCUUCAACUACCCCAGCAGAGACGGGGACACGGACAGGAGUGAGAACACUGGCCAGGCGAGGGCGCAGGUGAGCCGGUGCUAUGCGCAGGGACUGGUGAGGGAAGCAGCAAGCACCAACCUGAAAGGAGAAUCUCUUCACAAGCUGUGGUCAUCACUGUUCAUGGAGCUGGUCCGAGACAGUGUGGUGGAAAUGAGAGACCGGUCAGCCUUCCGCAGAGACUGCCUUCAGAGGAUCUCAGAGUCCAAAUAACACCCAGCUGCUCCUCACACCACACCCAGCUUCCUCACACCACACCCAGCUUCCUCACACCACACCCAGCCUCCUCACACCACACCCAGUCUCCUCCUCACACCACACCCAGCCUCCUCACACCACACCCAGCAGCUCCUCACACCACACCCAGUCUCCUCACAC